AUGUUUCCCAAGUCCCUGCCCCCCCAAUUCCGCGGCCCCUCCCUCGGCCUGCUCGCCGCGCUGAGCAUAUGCCUCGUCCUGAACCUGGGCGCCCUCUUCUUCUCCCUCCGCAUCUUAACGCGCGGAACACGGGGACACACGUACCUCGCGGGCGACCGACCUCGCGAGCUCCCCCUAAAGGUCCGCACCAUCCAAGCGGCCUUCCACGACGACCCGUCCCACUACGGGAUGGAAGGAAUCACGGCGACGGCUGAAUGGAACGCAAUCCGGCCUCCCGGCAAGGGGUUCGUUUUUCUAGGGGAGGAGCACUACGCAUUUGGGGUGUCGAUGUGGCACCAGAUGCACUGCCUCAACCACAUCCGCGCGGUGGUUGUGAACGGGGACGAUGGGUCGGACCAUACGGCGCACUGCUUCCAUUACCUCCGGCAGGGCAUUCUCUGCGCCGCCGAUACAACUCUAGAGUCGGGCGGCACCAAUAUGAAAUUGGCUAAUGGGGAUAAAGUCGCUACGGGCGUAGGAACGGUGCAUACCUGUCGGGAUUGGAGACAGGUGUAUGAUUGGAUGGAGAGCCAGCAUGAGGGGUGGACACCGGACAUGUAUGAAAGGAUUAAGGAGUCUAGUUAG